CCCGCCGCCAGGCCGGAGCUCUCCGCGCCCCUUGGUCUCGGGAGCAGCGUGUCUUGGUGACUUCCGACACUUCGUGCCCGCCAAUUCAAAAUGAAUAGUGAUCAAGUUACACUGGUUGGUCAAGUGUUUGAAUCCUAUGUUUCGGAAUACCAUAAGAAUGAUAUUCUUCUAAUCUUGAAGGAAAGUGAUGAAGAUGCUCAUUACCCAGUUGUAGUUAAUGCCAUGACACUUUUUGAGACUAACAUGGAAAUUGGGGAAUAUUUCAAUGCAUUCCCGAAUGAAGUACUAACAGUUUUUGAUAGUGCUCUGCGAAGAUCGGCCUUGACCAUUCUCCAGUCCCUUUCUCAACCUGAAGGUGCCUCUAUGAAGCAGAACCUUCAUGCCAGGAUAUCAGGUUUGCCUGUUUGUCCUGAGUUGGUGAGGGAGCACAUCCCUAAAACCAAGGAUGUGGGACACUUUUUAUCUGUCACUGGGACAGUAAUUCGAACAAGUCUGGUGAAGAUCCUGGAGUUUGAGCGGGAUUACAUGUGUAACAAAUGCAAACAUGUAUUUGUGGUCAAGGCUGACUUUGAGCAGUACUAUACCUUCUGCCGGCCAUCCUCCUGUCCCAGCUUGGAGAGCUGUGAUUCUUCAAAAUUCACUUGCCUCUCAGGCUUGUCUUCAUCUCCAACUAGGUGUAGAGAUUAUCAGGAAAUCAAAAUUCAAGAACAGGUGCAAAGGCUAUCUGUUGGAAGUAUUCCACGAUCUAUGAAGGUUAUCUUGGAAGAUGACUUAGUAGACAGCUGCAAAUCUGGUGAUGACCUCACUAUUUACGGAGUUGUAAUGCAACGGUGGAAGCCCUUUCAGCAAGAUGUGCGCUGUGAAGUGGAGAUAGUCCUGAAAGCCAAUUAUGUCCAAGUAAAUAAUGAGCAGUCUGCAGGGAUCAUCAUGGAUGAGGAGGUCCAAAAGGAAUUUGAAGAUUUUUGGGAGUCCUAUAAAAGUGAUCCAUUUGCAGGAAGGAAUGAAAUAUUGGCCAGCUUGUGCCCUCAGGUUUUUGGGAUGUACUUAGUAAAGCUUGCUGUGGCCCUGGUGCUGGCUGGUGGGAUUCAAAGGACUGAUGCUACAGGAACACGGGUCAGAGGCGAAUCUCAUCUUUUAUUGGUUGGGGAUCCUGGCACAGGAAAAUCUCAAUUCCUCAAGUAUGCAGCGAAGAUUACACCACGCUCUGUGCUCACCACAGGAAUUGGAUCUACUAGUGCAGGUCUGACAGUAACUGCUGUGAAAGACUCAGGAGAAUGGAAUUUGGAGGCUGGUGCAUUAGUACUGGCAGAUGCGGGCCUUUGCUGUAUCGAUGAGUUUAACAGCCUCAAAGAGCAUGACAGAACCAGUAUCCACGAGGCAAUGGAGCAACAAACCAUAAGUGUUGCUAAGGCUGGCCUCGUGUGCAAGCUGAACACAAGGACCACCAUCCUGGCAGCAACUAACCCCAAAGGCCAGUAUGACACCCACGAGUCCGUGUCUGUGAACAUCGCCCUUGGCAGCCCCCUCUUAAGUCGAUUUGAUCUGAUCCUGGUUCUGCUCGAUACCAAGAAUGAAGACUGGGAUCGUAUAAUUUCUUCCUUUAUCUUAGAAAACAAAGGUUACCCAAGCAAAUCAGAGAAGCUCUGGAGCAUGGAAAAGAUGAAGACCUACUUCUGCCUGAUUCGGAAUCUCCAGCCCACGCUGUCUGAUGAGGGUAAUCAGGUCCUUCUCCGGUACUACCAGAUGCAGCGGCAGAGUGAUUCCCGGAAUGCUGCCCGGACCACCAUCCGACUGUUGGAAAGCUUGAUCCGAUUAGCAGAAGCUCAUGCUCGCCUGAUGUUUCGUGACGCUGUGACUCUGGAAGACGCCGUGACAGCUGUGUCAGUGAUGGAAUCUUCAAUGCAGGGAGGUGCACUGCUAGGAGGUGUGAAUGCACUCCACACUGCCUUUCCUGAAAACCCUCUGAAGCAGUACCAGAGGCAGUGUGAGCUUAUUCUGGAAAAGCUGGAGCUACACAACCUCUUGAGUGAAGAGCUAAGAAGACUUGAAAGGUUACAGAAUCAGAAUAUGCACCGAUCCCAGCCACAGGCAGUGGAGGCAGAGACUAACCCAGGAUCAUCAAAAAAUGACCCAGGAGAAGCAGCAAAGUCCGGAAUCUGGUCAGCACAGCAGGAAGUGAACUGGAGCAUGCUGACCUCCUCUCCUGGACCCAGUCCCGAGGGAAACCCACUUUCCGAUCCCCUAUCCCAUGGGGGGCCUAGCAGACCAGCAAAGAGAAAACAUUCUGCUGAGCACAAAAAUAGCAAAGAUGACAGUUUGGACUGGUUUGACUCCAUAGCAACUCAUCAGCUUGAACCUCAAAAUACUGUGCCGGUAUCUCCCAAAACAAAUGGUGGGAAAAUGGCUUUGCAGACCUUCAAGAACAAAGCUCAGGGUAAGGAGAAGGGUGAGCCAGGCCAAAGGAGCAAAAUGGAAACUGGACAGCUUCCAGCACCAGGAGAGACAGAAGCUUCAUGGAGGCCAGACCACGUAGUAGACCACGUUGAAGGGAAAGAGGCAAAAAAGGCAGCAGUCGUUCCAGAGGCAGCAGGGUCUGCUGGCGAGCCGGACUCGGUACUGACUCAUCAUGUCUCCAGGAAGCUGCACCAGCUGCGCAAGGCCAGCGCCCAGGAGUUGUGCAGGAACCCUACCAUGGUGCCUGUACAGCCCGUAGGCCCUUCUCAUCCUCGGUCCAGUUCUUUGUGUGGCCCCAAAGGAGCACUGGAAACUCCCAAAAGAAAGAGACAGAAAUCCCUUGCUCAAAUGGAAGAGCCUGAGCUUGGACGUGCUGAGAGUCCAGGUCCCCCACUGGCCAAACUGGCGAAAUUUACUUUCAAACAGAAGUCAAAACUGACCCACUCCCCUGAAGACCACAGCCCUAUGUCUCCUGGCACAACUAAAGGAGCAGUGCCAAGUCCUGGAGUUCUCCAGAGAGUGAGCAGAGAAGCAGUUGUGCCUGGAAAGAGUCCACAAAAGUUGGCCUCUACGUCAGGAAGCAGAAACUCAGAUCAGCAACAGGAUCAGGCAAUGGAUGUGUCACAGCAGGCACUGGAGGAAGACAGACUAAGAGAGAAAAGCAAACGUGGCCCUGAAGCAAGAGUUACCCAGCCUGAAUUUGAGCUUGGGAACCAGACUGGGCAUUCUCCUCCUACUUGCCAAAGAGACAGAAAGGAAGAGGUCUCAUGCAAUAUUAAAAGCAGCAAGGUUCACGCUUGCACAUUAGCCAAACUGGCACACUUCUCCUUUACUUCCCCCUCUGAAUCCAAGUCAGAAUCCCCUCCUCCUCCUCCUGAAAGUGCGAAUGAGGGGGCGAGAGGCACCAGCCCUCGUCCCGGGGCCGCAGCUACCAUGCUUGGCAAGAAAAGGAAAACUUUUCAGCUGGAGGGGUCCAGUGAGAGAUUGUUUCUUUCCAAAAAAUCUCUCUUUACUUUAUCGGAACUAGAUGACGAAGCACUGGAUUUUGAUUGGAAUGAAGAAAUGAGAAGAAAGCCAUAAUCAUGAAAAGCUUUCUGGUCAAAUUUCAGCCUCCCCAACUCCACACAGCACCUUCGGGGUAUGGACAUGUGUUUAUAUAUGUACAGAACUAUUGGCCCUAUCGAGAGUACCAUUCCAAAUACCAGCUACCCCAACAGGUUUUAUAAUUUCAGGCUUAUCUUCAUGACUUGCAAAGUUGUAUAAUCAACGUUGGGCAGUGUGAUACCAGCACUGGAAUUAAUUGACAUCGUGUUUAACUUUGCAGAUGCAAUACUUGUAUUCCCAAAGAUGUUUCUGUUUGUUUUGAUUUGGUUUUUUUGUUGGUUUUGUUCUCUCUCUCUCUCUCUCUUUUUUUUUUUUCCUUUAAUUGGGACUUGGAUCUUCCUAAAAUUGUUUCUCACAUUCACUCAGAAACAAAUGCCAGGAAGGUAGCCCUCAGGAAGCUAACAGGUUAGAUGAACUCUUUUCUGUUUUUUUUGUUUCGUAAUUUAUUCUUCACCCAAGAUAGGCAAAGUGUGGUGAAUAUUUAUUAGGAUUUACCAAAACCAUGUGAUUUUUGUAAUAUUAUUUCUGUGUCUUUUCUCAUGUGUCAGAUUAGAUGGGACUAAUGCUUUUUCCUUCUUUGAGAGGCAUCCUUACAAUUCCAUGGUAUUCCUAAAGAUCUGGCAGCUGGUCAAACUGUAGCUUUGUGAAGUACUUACCUUUUGAGUUUUCCCUGUUUUCUCAAGCUAACAUUUUGUGCUUCAGAUUCUUUGUUUCAUUGAGGGGCCUACCCUCAGCACAACCUAAAUCCUGUAGUUAGAAGGAGAAUGUUCAGUAAUCUCAAUCACAUGUCAUGGCAUCUGCCCAAGUGGUUAGCAGGGAAAUGUGAUUCCUACUAAGUUACGAUUCAUUUGUCCUUCAAAACCAAGCAAAUGAUGACUGGUAAAAAUAGAGCCCUCAAGCUUUGUCUUUCUUAAGUCCUUUUAAAAUCACUUCUCCCUUUGGAUUCUAGCAGGGGCUUUUAGGGUUUGAUAGUUAUAGACUUUCUCUUCUGAAUUAUGAAUUUUUAAAAUAAUAAUUAAUGGAGGCUUUCAUUGUCUGAGGCACAUUUAGAUGUGAAAAAUACCCAAAACUGUAUAUACUUCGUUUAAAGAUUGCUUCAUUAAAUUCAUACCAAAAAAGUAAGGAACCCCAAAUUUUCUUGAGUAUUUACAUGUUAAUUGCAAAAUUGACUAAUUAAAUUUUCUGAAAAAUGUUAAAUUGUGAGCACAAAUUUAGUAUGGUUGAAUCAUUUGAAAUAACACCUAAAAUAGCUGGUAAAAGACAUCUCUAAGCAGUGAUUAUAAAAUGUAUUAUUGCACAUUCACUUCAACCUAUUCUAAAACAUUAAGACCAUGGUUUGGGUAAUUUCUUAGUAUUUCUGUACUUAAUAACUUCCUAGUGUAAUAUGAUUCUUAACGUGAUCUAUUCCCAGUGUCUCAGUACUUGCCUGCAUUUCAGUAGUCUGACCAGAAAUGAGCGAAAAAGAGAGGAUCUGGGUUACUGACCAGGUGAACCUUGGUCUAUACACUGUCUGGCCUGAAUGUGUAGUGGACUGGGGUGAUUCAGUCGUGAGUCACCCUGCAGAGCUGUGUCUCGUGCAUGUGUGUGUGUGUGUUGGGGGGUGUAAACUAUUAAUUCCUCUUCUUAUAAGUGUUCAUCUUUGAAACUUGCUGUGGGUUGCAGCUAUGAUGCAUUAAGCUGUGCAUGGCUCGUAGUGCCUAACCUGUUGGCUUGUCAGUCGGGCAUUUCGAUCUGUUCUGUUUUCAUUAUUGAAAAUGGCUGCAUUCCCUGUUGGGCAUCUUGAUUCUAGAGCUUUCAUUUCUUGGUAAUGAGGGAUUUAGUUUGUGUAGUUAGCUUAUCUCUUCAGGACAUUGAAUAAUUCAUGUUUUAAAAUAUGGUGUUCAAUUGUCUCUCUUCCUUAAUUAUUGCAUAUGAUCACCUGUGCCACCUGCUACCUGGUUAUUACUUGUGCUCACCUGAUAUCCUAUUAUUUAUGCUAAUAAACCCACCCUGUUUUUUAUUUUAGUACCUUCUAUCAGGAUCCUUUGGCCAGCUUCCUAGUUCUGUGUAUUUUUUCUUUGAUGCUUACAUGGUUGGAAAUAACUAUAUAUGUAAAUACUGUAAACAGACAAAAUUAUUAGAAGGAAUAAAAUACUCAGUGUGGGGCGCCUGGGUGGCUCAGUCUGUUAAGCGGUUGCCCUUGGUUCGGAUCUUGAUCCCGGGGUUCUGGGACCGAGUUCCG